UGUUCUGGAUCUUCUCGCGCGCGCGGUUUGGAAAUUCGACUCGAUAAAAGUGGUAAGGCUGGUGAAAAAGUGACCCCUUGGUAGUGAUGCAGCAGUGAUCUCCUGACUUCUUCCAAACAGGAUAUCUGGAAGAAGAUCAACGCGCCUCUUGUGCGCUCCCCAGUACCUACGUCAACCCCAGGAAGUGUGGUGAACUCAGAAACAAUGUGCUAAGUGUCCACUCUGUUGUGCUGCUGUAGCAAUAUCCUCCCAGUUCAGAUAUGAAGUUCCGAAUCAGGCAUACGGCUCUGCUGCCGUUGCUGUUGAUAGCUGUGAUACUGAUCGAUCAGGUUCGAUCGGAAGAAGAUGGAACGGUACAGGUGGUGAAGAAGGUGAAGAAGAAGUCGAAGAAAGUUAUCAAAUUGAAGCCGAAAGCGUUGGCCAAAAAACCGCGGGAGAGACCCCAGGCGGAUGCUCCUCCGGCGUAUCCCGAGUACGACAAUUACGACAGCUACGAUUAUGGGGAUGGCGAGCGGGACUAUGAUGGAGAGAAUGGCAAUCGCGGAACAGAGUCGACAUUCCGCCAGCCUGAUGACGAAAUUCCACGUGGUGAAGUACCAUCGCCCCACAUCACUGUCAGCGUGAGUCCAUUGGAGCCCGAAUCCAUCGUGCAGCCGUUUACUUGUUUUUACGAGGGUAAAUGGUACCGGGAGCAAGAUCAGUUCCAGUCAGGCUACAAAGGAUGUGCCACCUGCCAGUGCCGCAACAGUAUUGUGAUCUGCGAUGAAGCUGACUGCCCUAAGAUUAAAGCCGAUGUAAACGUGGAAAUUAUUCCACCGAGCACCACAACAACGACAACUACGACCACGACUACGACCGAAAUACCGGAAUUCGAUGCAGCACAAAUCGGAAACCGAGCGCCAUUGGCCCCAAGUGGUCAACCUGGGGUCCCUGGAGAAGCUGGACUACCGGGUACACCCGGUACACCUGGAGUUCCUGGACAACCAGGUCCACCCGGACCACCACCAGAUUUAACGUUUUACACACAGCAGCUUCAAGAGUCAAUGGCUGGUUCAGACAAAGGGCCUUCACCAGACAACUUCCAAUUCAUGCAAGCCCAAGUUGGCCCUGUUGGCCCUAGGGGUCCUCCUGGUCCAUCCGGAGUUUCAGGACCUCAAGGUUUUCAAGGCAUGCGCGGUGAACCAGGAGAACCUGGUCCACAAGGUAUCUCGGGUCCAUCAGGUCCACGUGGUCUCCCAGGUCCCCCUGGAAAGGAUGGAGCGCCUGGUGAUGACGGCGAACAAGGACCACAGGGAACUGUCGGAGCACCAGGGCCACGAGGAUUACCGGGCUUACCCGGAAUGCCUGGCAUCAAAGGUCACCAAGGAUUGCCUGGCCAAGAUGGUCCAAAAGGAGAACUAGGGGCACCGGGAGAAAAGGGCUCAGUAGGAACGAUAGGUCCGAUCGGCGCACCAGGACCAAUUGGCCCAGCCGGACCGCGCGGUGAAAGAGGACGCGAAGGACCACCAGGACCGGCAGGAUUGAGAGGCAUUGAUGGCAUCGCUGGACCUCCAGGUCAACCUGGGCCAGUUGGUAAAUCAGGCCCUCCUGGUUUCCCUGGCACGCCUGGAAACAAAGGUGACAUGGGAGCACAGGGACCAAAAGGCAGUCAAGGUCCCCAAGGACCACGAGGAGAAUCUGGGAGACCGGGCCAACCUGGUGAACCAGGUUUGAAUGGCCCUCCAGGCAAAGAUGGCGCUUCUGGCGAAAAAGGCUCCGUCGGUGCUCCUGGUAUGGCUGGUCCACCAGGCUUCCCUGGACCUCGUGGGGCUCCAGGUUCAAACGGUAGUCCCGGAGAUCCAGGAAUCAAAGGAGAACCUGGCCUACCUGGGGAGCGAGGUUACAAGGGAGAUGCGGGAAUCAAAGGAGAAGAUGGAAUGCCAGGUCCACGAGGAGUUCCAGGUGCUGUUGGUCCCGAAGGAAAGCGUGGCAAACGUGGCAUGAAAGGACCCACCGGUCUAACAGGUCCGCAGGGAGAACGAGGAUUACCUGGUGUCCCUGGAUUACCUGGUCCAGAUGGAGCUCAAGGAAUAAAGGGACAAAGCGGUGACAGAGGUGCACCUGGCCCGCAGGGCAACAAAGGAUCAACGGGUGAUCCUGGAGCACCAGGUCAACCAGGAAUUCAAGGAUUAAGAGGAAUGACUGGCAAACCAGGUGCCCAAGGAAAAUCUGGUGCGCCUGGCGAAAGAGGCCCUGCUGGAGCGGAUGGAAAAACUGGGGAACCAGGAUCACAAGGACUUCAAGGUCUUCCAGGACCCAUAGGUCUUCCAGGAGAUAAGGGUUUCCCCGGUGAGCCUGGAAAGGAUGGAGACAUAGGACCUCCAGGAGCACAAGGUCCCCGAGGAGAUGCGGGAAAAGAUGGUCCACCUGGCGUGUCAGGACCACCUGGCCCACCCGGAAACGAUGGGGAUAGAGGCCCACCAGGACCUGGCGGGCCACGAGGUUUCCAGGGAUUACCAGGAACACCAGGCAACCCAGGAGCACCAGGGAAAGAUGGUCAAAAUGGACAACCUGGUCCUGUUGGACCAGCUGGUCAAACUGGUAUCAGAGGCGAACGAGGCUUCCCUGGAGAAAGAGGACCAAUAGGUACACCAGGAACACCUGGUUUGCGAGGAGAACCAGGGUCACAAGGAAAUGAUGGACCUCCGGGUUCACCAGGUCCAGUUGGCAUGAAGGGUCAUCAGGGAGCUCCCGGUAUGAUUGGUAUGCCAGGAUUGAGAGGAUUACCAGGACCGGCAGGUGAAAAGGGAGAAAGAGGUUCUCUGGGUCCAAUCGGUCCAGAAGGCCCAGCUGGUAGACAAGGCGAACGAGGUCUUCAAGGCCCCAUGGGUCAAACAGGUCCACCAGGAGAACCUGCCGAAAAGGGGGAACCGGGUACACCAGGUAUUCCAGGAGAGCCUGGUACACCAGGAGCAAUUGGAGAACGUGGUCCUGUGGGACCACAAGGAUUACAAGGAUUCCCUGGCCCGCAGGGUACAAGUGGAUUACCUGGGCCAAAAGGUGAUCGUGGUUCGAUGGGCUUGAAAGGAGAACAAGGAAAUAGUGGCAACCCUGGUGCACCUGGUGAACAGGGACCACAAGGUUUAGUUGGUUUGACUGGCAGUAAGGGAGCGCGCGGUGAACCUGGUUUAAGAGGAGAAGCUGGGUCUAUGGGGCCUCCUGGAAGACCCGGUGAUCAAGGCGCAGCGGGUCAACCUGGAAACCCAGGUCCACCUGGAAGUGCAGGAAUUCCUGGUUUGAAAGGGAAUCCAGGCGAUACUGGUAGACCUGGCAACCCAGGUCCUGCAGGAAUGCCUGGUCAGCCUGGAACAGAGGGACUCAAAGGAGCAGCUGGAAGUGAUGGUCCUGCAGGUCCUCCAGGGAACCCAGGACCUCAAGGGCCUCAUGGUGAUCGUGGAUUGCCUGGCCUUCCUGGACCAAGUGGUCAACCUGGAGCAAGAGGUCUACGAGGUGCUGCUGGGGAACCUGGACAGUCUGGCAAGCCUGGAAAUGAUGGGCCACCAGGACCCAUGGGAAUCGCUGGACCACCUGGUCAGCAAGGUCCAGCCGGUGAUCCUGGUAUUGAAGGUGUACCUGGUAAACAGGGACCUCCAGGAAUUGCAGGACGUACCGGUGAUAAGGGCCCUGUUGGUACACCAGGUAGUCAAGGUUUGCCUGGUGCUCCUGGGCUGCCUGGUCCUCCAGGACCUCAGGGUCUCAUUGGUCAAACAGGAGAACGAGGUUUACGAGGUGAAACAGGUCCACAAGGUAUCGAUGGACCCACAGGUCCUCGCGGAAAACCCGGUCCACCAGGAUCGGAAGGCUCAAAGGGAGAUGCCGGUGAACCUGGCGCCAAGGGAGUGAAAGGGCAUCGAGGUUUAAUCGGUCUGCAAGGUCUACCCGGUCCUGCUGGACUUCCUGGAGAUAAGGGUGACACUGGUGCUGCAGGUCAGCCUGGAAAACCUGGUGAAUCUGGCCCACGAGGUCCACCUGGUAGAGAUGGUUCUCCUGGCCCUCAGGGAAUCUUGGGUAUUGCGGGUCCACGAGGCUCUCCUGGAAAUGAUGGAAAACCAGGACCAGUUGGUCCAGCUGGUCCUCCAGGUCCUCCCGGACCACCAGGCGAUGGCAUUGGCUAUGAUGCAGCAGCAUUGGCUGCUUUAUUAGGUCAUGGUCAGGUUAGCAACAUGAAAGGACCAGAUCCAAACCAAGGAGAUGAACCAAUGCAAUUCAACAAAGUUUUUGAACUAACAGACGAAGAAAGGCGAAAACUGGUUGAGACAGCUUACGAACGACUGAAAACUACUUUCAAUACAUUCAAAAAACCUGACGGUAAGCAAUCAUCACCAGCUAAAACUUGUAGAGAUCUUUUUGCUGCCUACCCAGAGUACAAAUCCGGACAUUACUGGAUUGAUCCAAAUGAAGGUGAUGUGCGAGAUGCAAUUCUAGUAUAUUGUGAUGCUGAGAAGAGAUCAUCAUGUAUUCUCCCACAACCUUUGCGAACAAAAGAACUGCAUUACGUGGGUGAAGAACAUGAAGUUUGGUUAGGCGAGAUGGAAACCGGUAUGAAAAUAACAUAUAAGGCUGAUAGUAAUCAAAUCGGAUUCCUUCAACUAUUGUCUGGAUCGGCAACGCAAAAUGUAACCUAUCACUGCAAAAACAGCAUAGCAUUCUUCAAUAAGGAGAAAAAUAGUUAUCGACAGAGCUUGAAGCUUCUAGCAUGGAAUGAUGCUGAACUGACGGCAAGAGGUCCUCAGAGAUUGCGAUACGACGCGGUCCUGGAUGAGUGUCAACAUCGAAGUUCGACCUAUGCUCAAACAAUUUUAUCCUAUAAGACGGAGAAACCAACGAGGCUGCCGAUAAUUGACAUAGCCGUGAGGGAUGUUGGCGAGUCGAAUCAACAGUUCUGGAUCGAAAUUGGCGCCGUGUGCUUUCAGUGAGCCAAUGACGAAUAGUUACGAUUUUAGAAAUUUAGAUUAGAAUUAAUUGAAUCGAUGCCAAAGAAAACGAACGAUAAUUCUCAAAUCAGAUACUGCCAAAGCAGAAAACGAGGCCCUGCCAAAGCAAAGAUGACAACACCAAAGAAAGUGAUAUUUUGAGAGAUCUUGUAACAAGAUUUUACAACUAAGUCUAGCGUAGUUUCCCCUUUGAAGUAAGUUACUUAAGUAGGAAUGAAAAUGUGCACAAAAAUAAAAAAUAAUAUUUAAGAUUA